CUCUCUCUUCAACUUCUCACGCUCUCAGUCGCCAUCUUCCUUUUUCCUCUGACCCAACAGACGCGCACACACACAGACCAAAAUCAUAAUCGAAAACCCAAAAGCCUCGCCGCUCUCAAAUCCCAAUCUGGACACCCCGAAAUUCCUCGCGAAAAUCUUGUUGUGUUGUGUUACUUGAAAGAUUCCCAUUGAUUUUCGAGAGAAUCUUCGCGAAUUCCUUGCCUAUUUUAGAGGACAAAAAUGGCAUCAUCCAAGCUCUGGGCAUCUUCCGGUUCGCGAAAUUCGGAUCUAUCUCGAGGUUCUUCUUCUUCUUCCUCUUCUGCUUCUCUUUUAAACCCUCAAUUUCUCUCCAAUAGUUCCAGGAAUAAUGACAACAAUCGGACUCGCAAUCGAAGCCAUAGUCUUAGCUCGAUGAAUCUCGAUGGCUUAGUUCGUGAUGGGUAUGAUUCUAAUCCCACGGAGUCUAUUCUCUUAGAUGCGCAGAUCACUCUUGUUGAUUCCCCUAUCCCCUCUACGUUUCCCAUGAAUACGACUAAUUCCUCUGCCGUCAUUGAUAGUUAUCACAAUACUUCCUCCGGCGCGCCCAAGACUGUGGAUGAUGUGUGGAGGGAGAUUGUAUCGGGUGAGAGGAAGGAGUUGAAGGAGGAGGUUACUGAUGAGUUGAUAACCCUCGAGGAUUUUCUUGUGAAAACUGGAGCUGCGCCUGUUGAGGAUGUCAAAUUGCCGCAGACGGAGAGGCUGAGUGGAGGGAUUUUUUCGUUUGAUUCAAUUCCAGGCAGCUCGUUUCAGGCAGUGGAAAAGGUCGAAGGAUCCAUUGUGGGAUUUGGAAGUGGGGUCGAUUUGGUUGGCAGUGGAGGAAGUGUGGGGAGAGGGAAAAGAGGGCGAGCUGCCUUGGAGCCCUUGGAUAAGGCUGCUGAGCAAAGACAGAGGAGGAUGAUCAAGAAUAGGGAGUCUGCUGCAAGGUCUAGGGAAAGGAAGCAGGCUUAUCAAGUGGAAUUAGAGUCGUUAGUAGCAAAAUUAGAGGAGGAGAACGAGCGGCUUUUGAGAGAAAAGAAUAAAUGGUGGAUAUAUUUGAUAGUUGGUGAAUAGGAGCUUAAAGUUAUUGACUAAAAGAGACUGCAGGGCACCAAGAAACAGUUAAAGCUGUUGGUAUUUCUGAUUAUAGAAGGAUCCUGAAGAACACAAAUAAUUCUUUUUUACUAGACAAAAUACUAUGCGUAGGAAAAGGGAGAGAAUAAUGGUUGUGGAUCCAUUUGUGUUAUUUAGAAAACAAUAAUGAAAGAAAUAUUCUAUAAUAUGUGCUGUUAUUUCAAAGAUCUAGAAGACUGGAAAUAAUCCAUUUCUGAAUGGAGAGACUUAGAUGAGUAGGAUCCAACUUAGUAUAAUUCUGCUUUUGACAAAUCUAGGUUUAUUCUUUGUGUAGUGUAGGCUAGAGUUGGGAAGUUGGAUUUGCAGAGUCUGUAUUUUGGUUGUUCAAGUGAUUGGUUACUUAAACUUUGGGUUUAGCGUUGCAUUUGUUUGGUUGAUAGGUUUGUAAUUUGUGGAAGUAAGUGUGUACGUUGUAGAAAAGUUCCAGGUUUAUGCCUGUGAGAUUUGCAAGCUCUAAUCAAAGUUUAAUAAGUCUACUAUGUGAUCCAACAUCGGUCGAGGAGGA